AUGGGUGGUGAUGAGGCCCUGGAUAAGGCCGUCUGUCGUGGUUCCUCUGGAUCACCACAAAAGAACAGCCUCGUCUGCCCCAUCUGCAGGAAGAGGAUUGGCACCUUCCUCCGCCCCGCCAAGAACCUGAAGAAGAUCGUCAACCAGCCAUCCUGGGAGGAGGUCAAGUCUCAAUACCCCAACGAAAUCAAGAAAAAGAAAAAAGGCAAAGAUGGGCUAUACCCUAAAAAGAACAUCGACCACACUCCUUCAACAAACCCAACCAAGAAAAGCAGCAUUAAGCUUGAAUUUGAUGAAUUGAUUACCAAAUUGGCCAGUGAAGAUGAGAAUAAGUUAUCUCAGCAGAGCAGUAGUGAAAAUCUGUCCCAAAAACGUCAGGGAGAAGCCCUUCCAAAUGAAAGAAAACAAGUAUUCGUUGAUGAAGAGUUAGAAGAAUACACACAAGACGAUUUAUUAACUGAAAAGUUGCUCUGUUCAUCAACAUCCUCACUUUCUACAGAUAAUAAAGUCCCUGGGCGUGAUUCAAUUACGUCAGAAUUCAUUCAUUUCACUCCAAUUUGUGCAGUUCCUAGGACACCCCCUAAAGUAAUGCCAAAUGGUGAAAAACAAAUCAUUCCCAUAUAUCAACCAAAGAAUCUUACUAGCACUUUUGACGGUCGAGAGCCAAAGUCUUAA